AUGUGGAAUGAUGACCUGCUUCUCGCUCAUGCCGAGGCUGUCAUCGGUUCGCGCAAGGAAACACAGCUCUAUCGUGGGCCGGUGCAUUACCUGAUCGACUCCUACGGCUGCCACGUCAAGCUGGCAGACUCCAAGCGACUGGAGCGCUACAACAUUUUUGUCGUGCUGGUCCCACCCAACCUCACCAACAUGCUGCAGCCACUUGAUGUUGCUGUUAACCGCAGCUAUCAAGAAUACUACCGCUCAAAGUAUGACGCGUAUAUCAGCGAAGCUCUCCGUGACCCCAUGCUGCAGACGAAAGCUGGAAACCCAAAGGUCCCGCGAUACGACGCGGUGGCGCGGUGGACCCUUGAUUGGGUUGCCUCGAAGGACCCCGCGGAGGUGAAGAAGGCGUUCGGCCUGUGUGGAAUAGUGGCGAAGGAACGCUUCAGCAUGGAUCGGCUGCACGCUCCACUGAAAGCCAUACUCAGCUCCGACUUCAACAUGCAUGCAUGGCACACAGCCUACCAGCACCUGGUGAACGACGACUCAGAGCGUGAGCUGGUACGUGUGUUUGCCCCGGACUGGUACAUUCCAGACAACGAGAGGAGGAGUCUGUUCUGCUGGCUGUCUUUCAGUCUCGAUAUGUCCGUGCCCGAGUACGCCGAAGCGCUUACGACCUACAUGGCUACCCUCGUGGACUUGACCGGACUGCUGGACGACGAGUACCUGGUCUCUGUAAGGAAAGGACUGAUGGCCCCGGGUGAGCUCGAGAUCUACGCGGCGUCGAAAAUGCACGGGUGGAACAUCACCCUCAAGACUGUUGACGAAGGCAGCCGCCUCACCUCCAGCUUUGUCUAUGCUGCGGAGAACGCUACUAAGGAUGUUGUGCUUGUGCGCGGCGAUGGGUAUUUCGCUGUUGAGAUUGACGGAUACCUGUUGUAG